AUGUCUCGUCCAUUUAGCACCCUGCCCUCCACGGCCCGGGUCACCCCGACCCCCUUCACCAUCUCCAUCCCGAAGCAGCAACUCGCCGAGAUGGAGACCCUGAUAAAAUUGUCAAAAGUUGCACCACCAACCUACGAGAACUCCCAGAUAGAUGCGCGGUACGGGGUGACGUCCGCUUGGCUUGUUACUAUGAAGGAACAAUGGCUGCGAUCGUAUCAUUGGAAGACCUCCGAGGAUCGUUUCAACCAGUUCCCUCAAUGGAAAGUAGACAUAGAAGGGAUCGCCAUUCAUUUCGUGGCUCUCUUCUCUGAGAAGAAGGAUGCAGUUCCCAUUGUGUUGAUUCAUGGAUGGCCUGGAAGUUUUGUGGAGUUCUUACCCAUGCUCGAUCUAUUUCAGAAAGAGUAUACUCCAAGUACACUCCCAUAUCAUUUGAUUGUGCCGUCCCUUCCGGGCUUUACCUUCUCUUCUGGUCCGCCUCUGGAUCGGAAUUUUGGCACGUCCGACAUAGCUCGUGUUUUGGAUCAGCUGAUGAAGGACUUGGGAUUUGAGAGUGGUUAUGUUGCGCAGGGCGGUGACAUUGGGGCCCGCGUGGCCCGCACUUUAGCCGUGGACCAUGAAAGUUGUAAAGCCGUGCAUCUUAAUGUGUGCUUCAUGGUGCGCCCUGAGGGUACAUCAGACGAUAACUUAACCGCCUUUGAAAACAAUGGGAUCAAGCGGAUGGACGAGUUCAAGAUGACUGGCUCUGGAUAUGCAAUCGAACAUGGUACUCGGCCAAGUACAAUCGGCCAUGUUCUCUCAACAAACCCUGUUUCAUUGUUGGCAUGGAUCGGGGAGAAAUUCCUGGAAUGGGUAGACGACCCUUUAUCGCCAGAACAAAUUUUUGAAUCGGUCAGUCUGUACUGGCUGACCGAUACUUUCCCUCGCUCAAUCUACACCUAUCGCCAGAAUUUCCCAUCCCCGUCGGUCCCUGCGGCCAACGACCCCCGCUGGUACAUCAAAAAGCCAUUUGGAUUCUCAUUCUUCCCAAAAGAACUGGCCCCGCUCCCUCGAUCUUGGAUUGAAACAACCGGCAACCUCGUAUUCUACGAGCGCCACCAGAAGGGCGGCCAUUUUGCGGCACUUGAGGAGCCUGAGGUUUUGAAAUCUGACAUAGAGAAAUUUUUAGAGCAGGAAUGGCCAGGAAUCCAGUGA